ACCUGGCUUUUCUGUUGUCCUGUCUGGCUGUAAACAAAGCUUCGUCUAUAAACUUGAACCAAAUGUUUUCUUCAGCUUCAUGUUGCUGUGUACGAGAUGUACAGGAGAACCGUAGAAGAUGUCCUUUCUGUCAUUCGUCCACCCUGUUUUGAGCAUGGCGAGGAGACUGUUACAGGGUGGAAUAUGUCACGGACAGUUUGAAUGUUAUCCCAGGCUACCUGGGGGGUGGCCGUUGAUCCGUACUGUUGGAAAGAAAGACUUUAUUGACUUACCGACUUUGAAUGAGGACGACCUAGAAGAACAAUUCGUCCGUGGUUCUGGCCCGGGUGGACAAGCCACUAACAAAACCAGCAACUGUGUGGUACUCAGGCAUAUCCCAACAGGGAUUGUGGUAAAGUGUCAUCAGACCCGCUCACUGGAGCUGAACAGAAAACGAGCACGGGAGAUCAUGAGAGAGAAACUGGAUGUCGAAUACAAAGGGGAGGAGAGUGAAGUUCUGAAAAAGAGAAAGGAUGCCAUACAGCGAAAACAAGAGAAACGGAGAAGAGCCAGUGAGAACCUGGAAAAGAAGAGACAGUUUAAGGAAAUGCUCUCUGCUGAAUCAAAGCCAAACCAGGACACUGGCUGAAAUCAGGACAUUUAUGCUUUGACCACGGGAGGGUCUUUUUUCUGCUUCAUGUUCAUUGCAUGAUGUCAUGAUCUGUAGGACCAAACAAAAGGUCCUCAUACAGCUCUGACUGACAUGGAUGUGCAGGAGUGCUGUAAUAAAGGCAGA